AUGACCCACCCAACUGUGGUGCUUGAGGACAUUGGUGGUAUUGAGUCAGUUGACUGCGAGCCUGGUUCUGUCUCUGUCACUUUCAGUGACAAGGCCGCCUUCAAUGAAGCACUGGAGGACUGGUCGAAUGACGACCGCUUUGUUUUGGUGACCAACCAUCUCGGUGACUGCGACGCGGAGAAUGAGCGUGGCAUGUUUCUUGCUAAGAGCAUCACCUCCAAUAGCAACACUUUGACGGUUGUCGCGAGCGGCGAGAUGUCGGAUUUGGCCAACACUGCUGCAUUCACCGAGAUUACAUUCUCAUCUAUCCCAGCUGUGGAGUCAAAGCGUGCCAUCACCGUUGGCACCAAAGGUCUAACUCUCUCUAACACCUUGGCACUCACGCCUGCCACCACGUUGUACUCAUAUGCUCCGUAUCUGAGCGUCGUUGCGGAUAAUGCCAACCUUACCACUUCGGUCACCUUCUCCGGCAAGCUAAAAUACUCGAUUCUUCUGGCAAAGGUGUACGAGCUGUCGUUCGACGUCGACACAUAUGCCUCUGCUGAUUUGGGCCUCACCGUCGAUGUCACCGCACCAUACACCCAGAAUGUGGUUUAUGACCCGGCGCCGCUCACGUACAGCAUUGUCAACGUACCAGGCAUCGUGUCACUCGGACCUGCCCUGGACUUUGCCAUUGGAGUUAACGUCUCUACUGACGCGGCCGUGACCUUGUCAACCGACCUUGGGGUCAAGAUCGCGGAUGGAAACUUCCACCUUGAUUUCCUCGACAGCUCUAGCUCGUCAGCAACGGGCUGGACUCCCAUCUUUACUGCCAACGCCAACAUCAGCGAGAAAGCGGUCGCGUCGGUCGACCCAUACGUCGACAUCACUGUCAUGCUCCAGUUCGAACUUCUUGGUGGUCUGGUGGAUCUCAGCGGAGGCGUGACGGCUUCGCCCAAAUUCUACAACGAUUUCACUCUCAGCGCAAGCCAGCAACUGAAUGGAACUUCAGAUGGUACUACUAUCGGUGGCACCGUAACGCAGCCCGACACCGGAGCCUGUUCCCAGGGACUUGCGGUCAAGUCUGACUUUGAGUUCAGCGUCGUCGCCUUUGUGACCCAAUGGUGGCGACAGACAGUCUACACUGUCCUCGUCCCCGUUGCGAAUGAGUGUUACACCUGGGUGUAA